AGAAUGUUAAGUGACACUUUAACUGCUCACUGUGGUGGGGAAGGGGGCAGAGGUAGGUGAGCGCUCUCCCAGCUCACAGCAGCCGGACCAGCCCUGAAGGCAGUGGCGGCAGCCCAGGCCCAGCAAUCCGAACAAAUCUCCGCAGACCGGCUGUUGGGGGAAAAAAGUGUUAGCCGCCUCUCCCGGAUCUGUGAGGGGGAAAAAAUUUGGAACCAUAAGUUGAAAACUUUUUUCUCUCAGUUUGGAAGAAGGCUUUCGUCAUGAAUGGGACCAGCGGAGCUCGGGAGCGAGUUCGAGAGGGCCGCGAAAGGAGGGGAGAUUUCUCGCCUGCCGCUCGCGCUGGGGCUCGAUGUGAAUAUAUAUUAUGUCUGCCUGUUCUCCCCUCGUCGGUGGCUAAGGUCAGCCGCUUGGAACAGACCCGGGAGGAGGGGGGCAGACAGGGGAAAGGGAGGGGGGGGGGUCCGGCGUGUCACGUGACCCCCAGGGGUGCCAAUGUCCGGUCGUGAGGGUAUCAGGCCCUUGCAAGUUGCCACCCACUGCCCGGGCCUCGCCCAGCGAUGCAGAAAGCCACCUACUACGACAACACGGCAGCCGCGCUCUUCGGAGGCUACUCCUCGUACCCCGGCAGCAAUGGCUUCGGCUACGACGGGCCUCCCCAGCCCCCCUUUCAGGCCACCACGCACCUGGAGGGUGACUACCAGCGCUCGGCGUGCUCCCUGCAGUCCCUGGGCAACGCCGCCCCGCAUGCCAAGAGCAAGGAGCUCAACGGCGGAGGCAGCUGCAUGAGGCCCGGCCUGGCCCCCGAACCCCUGCCCGCCCCGCCGGGCUCACCCCCAGCCAGCGCCGCACCUACCAGUACCACUAGCAACAGCAAUAAUGGGGGCGGGCCCAACAAAAGUGGACCCCCCAAGUGCGGUCCCGGCUCCAACUCCACCCUCACCAAACAGAUAUUCCCCUGGAUGAAAGAGUCGAGGCAGACGUCCAAGCUGAAAAACAGCUCCCCGGGCACAGAGGGCUGCGGCGGCGGUGGCGGCGGAGGCGGCGGCGGCGGCGGCGGCGGCGGCGGGGGAGGAGGGGACAAGAGCCCCCCGGGCUCGGCGGCGUCCAAGCGGGCGCGGACGGCGUACACGAGCGCGCAGCUGGUGGAGCUGGAGAAGGAGUUCCACUUCAACCGCUACCUGUGCCGGCCGCGCCGCGUCGAGAUGGCCAACCUGCUGAACCUGAGCGAGCGCCAGAUCAAGAUCUGGUUCCAGAACCGGCGCAUGAAGUACAAGAAGGACCAGAAGGCCAAAGGGUUGACUUCAUCCUCCGGGGGUCCCUCUCCGGCCGGCAGCCCCCCGCAACCCAUGCAAUCCACCGCCGGCUUCAUGAACGCCUUGCACUCCAUGACCCCCGCCUACGACAGCCCGUCCCCGCCCGCCUUCGGCAAAGCCCACCACCAGAAUGCCUACGCACUGCCCUCCAACUACCAGCCCCCUCCUCUCAAGGGCUGCGGCGCCCCCCCGCAGAAGUACACCCCGACCCCGACCCCGGCGGCGCCGCCCGACUACGACCCCCACGUCCUGCAAGCCAACGGGGGCGCCUACGUGGGCACGCCCGCCAUGCAGGGCAGCCCCGUGUACGUGGGCGGGGGCGGCUACGCGGAGCCUCCGCUGCCGCCCCCUGCCGGGCCCUCCCUCUACGGCCUCAACCACCUGACCCAUCACCCCGCGGGCAACCUGGACUACAACGGGGUGCCGCCGCCGCCUAUGGCUCCCGGCCAGCAUCAUGGACCCUGCGACCCCCACCCCACCUACACAGACCUCUCCUCUCACCACGCGCCGCAGCCUCAGGGUCGAAUCCAAGAAGCGCCCAAACUGACACACCUGUGAUGCUGAGCUGGAGGAAGGGGAGGCGCU